AUGCAAGGAAAAUCCGUAAGAGCUUCACAUAUCUUAUUGAAAUCUACAUAAUCAAGAAAUCCCUAUGAUAGAGUUAGAGAUAAAUAGAUAACUAGGUACAUUCUUUAUUUAUAUAAAUAAGAUCAGAUGCAGAUGCAGAAAAAGGAAUUAGAGAAAUUAGAGCUUAAGUAGAAAAUAAUUUAAAUUUAUUUGCUAAAAUAGCUCAAGAGAGAAGUGAAGUAUUUAAUAAUAUAAAAAUAACUAUAGUGUUCUUCUUGUUAAAAGGGCGGGGAUUUAGGUGAUUUUACAAAGGGAUAAAUGUAAAAAUAGUUUGAAGAUGUUGCUUUUGCAUUAAAAGUUGGAGAAUUAAGUCAACCAGUAAAAAGUGAUUCAGGAUGGCACAUCAUUCUUAGAACAGGUUGAUGAAAAUUAUUAUUUCAACGCCAUAUAUUAAUAAAUGAAAUUUAUUUUCUUCAAUAUACUAGUUUAUUUUGUAGUUAGUGAAGUAGAAACUGUCUUUGAAGAUGGAAUUGAAUGGACUAAAAUGCCUAUUGAAUUUGAAGAAGUAGAAUAACCAAUAGAGAAUUUAUAAGGAGGUUAAGGCACUACAAAUUAUGGAACAAUUGAUUAUGGGAUUACUGAGGAAAUGGCAAAGAUGUUUAAAACCUUAAACGAUCCUCAUUAUGAUGUCAUAACUCGUCCUAUAAUUAAAGAAAUUGGAUUAGAAUUCUUUGAAAGUCAUUACAACAAGUUUUGCAAUACAGAUGAAUUCUUCGAGAGAUUAUUAUAUUAAGGAAGCAAUGUUGAAUUCAAUACCAUAAAUAUGAUUGUAUUUUAAUAGUUCUUAAAUAGUACCAUGUUAAAAUGUCUGUAAAUGAGUAUAUGGUUGAAUUUAGCCUUAAAAAUUGGGACACUGAAAAAAACGACUUUUCAAUCAAGGAAUUCACCAAGUGUGAAAUUUAUGUGAGAGAAUAAAAAAAAUAAGACUUAUGAAAAGU